AUGGAGGCAGCCGGGGACGAGCUGGGCAGCACCCCAGAACCCACCAUCGUGCAGCCUCCCGGGACCACUGCCCCGCCAGCCUACCCUGCCCGGGAGCCGCAGCAAGGGGAGCAGCUGCGCAUCGGAGAAGACGUGCAGUUCAGCGAGGAGCUGGAAGACAGAGGUUUACUAGAAAGCAGUACAAGAUUAAAGCCUCAUGAAGCUCAAAGCUACAGAAAGAAGGCACUGUGGGUUUCAUGGGCGUCCAUUGUUGUCACACUGGCUCUGGCAGUUGCUGCCUUCACUGUCUCUGUAAUGAGGUACAGCGCUUCAUCAUUUGGAUUUGCUUUUGAUGCCAUUUUGGAUGUGUUGUCAUCGGUGAUAGUUUUGUGGCGCUACAGCAACGCAGCAGCUGUACAUUCAGCACACAGAGAAUAUAUAGCCUGUGUCAUCUUGGGUGUGAUAUUUCUUCUGUCCUCUCUAUGUAUAGUGAUCAAAGCCAUCCACGAUCUUGCGACUAAGUUGCUUCCAGAAGUGGAUGACUUCCUAUAUAGUGUUUCCAUUUUAAGUGGAAUCCUUUGUACUACCUUGGCAGUGAUCAAAUUUAUGUUGGGGAAUGUGCUUACAAGCAGAGCAUUAUUAACUGAUGGUUUCAACUCUCUGGUAGGAGGAAUAAUGGGAUUCUCUAUCCUUCUAAGUGCAGAAGUUUUUAAACACAAUGCUGAUGUUUGGUACCUGGACGGAAGUAUAGGAGUUCUAAUUGGACUUACAAUAUUUACCUAUGGAGCCAAGCUACUUAUGGACAUGGUCCCCCGUGUACGGCAAACACGUCAUUAUGAAAUGUUUGAGUAAAGACAGCUCAGCUACCUGGACUGAAUAAAUUUUGCAAAAAUCGGUAACAUCCUGGCAAGUGGUGCCAAUCAUAUUUAAAAGAUUGUACAUUCUUUCACAUGGUAUAUUUUCUUUUUACAUUAUCUUUCAAGAGAAAGUCUGUCUGUAUACAUAGGCAAAUAUGUGCACUGCUUAGAUCUUGGCAAAAGCAGCAACAGUGGCCUUUUUUCUUUUUUGUGCGCUAUUAAAUUUAUGGAAGCAGAACUAGAAAUGAACAAGAGUUCACAAUUCUAAUUCAGCUACCAUGUUUUGUCUUCUGAGCAGCUGCCUGUAGAAAAGGGGCAAAUUCUAAAAGGGUAGCAACAGUAGCAUCCACAAGAGACUACUCCAUCAAAUAGAAACAAGAGAUGGCAUUUAGUUAUGUUGCAACCAACAUACCAGAAUGGCAAUACCUCAGUCGCUCUCUGGUGUCUUCUGCACAGAACACAACGGCAUAUUGUACUUAGGUUUUGGAUGCCAAGAGACAUUGCUUGAUGCAUGGAAUUAUUUUUCACCCUACAGCAAAGGGUAUUUUUCACCCUCAAUAAUCUCCACCGCCCCACCUCAAACUGCUUAGUUCUUAAAGAUUCCAAGAACCUGGCUCGAUUUCAUACGAUUUUAUAAAAUUCUCUGAAAUACAUAUAUAUCAAGCAACACAUACAGUAUAUUCUGCUGCACGGACAAAAUAAGCACAAGGAGUUAAUAUACAGGCAAAAGCCAAAAAAUAAUAAUAUGUAAGAGUGAAAUUUGAUUAUAUGUCUUUGAUUGUAUUAUGCACUUAUGUAGCAGUAUGUAUGGCUAAAUACACAGGUGUCCUGUUGUCUGGUAAAAGUGAAAGAGUGAUGGUUUCAAGCUGAUAGUCAGAUAGAACCUUUCUAGCUGUGAAGAGUUAGGCUAUUCUGUAGGUAUCAUGUUCCACCCGCCAUCGUAUGUAAUUUAACAAAUUCCAGCACUCAUAAUGUAUAAUCAAUA